GAUUUUAUAAGAAUAAAUAUCAAUAUAUCUGAUUUAUAUUAAAACCUCUUGGAUUCGAAAAAUUUUUGAAUAAUAGGGUCGUUGCGUAAAAAAAUUAUAUUUUAUUAUCUAAAAGACUUUUCCGUAACAAAUUGUAGAAAACAAAUUUUUUUCAAAAAUAUUAAUAAUUGACUGAGUUAUAAUAAAAUGAAAAUUAAGACCGUUUGAAACGGUACCUUCUUCGCGCGCUUGCUACGUGACGUCAUAUGCUGGUACGCACGCAGGCUACGACCGUACAGCACACACGAAGGAUACAUUUAGUUGGCCGAAUAUGGAAAAUAUUGCUACCAAUUCAAAAAAAGAGUCGUAUAAGUGGUGUUUUGUACCUAAGUGUACUAAUACAAGUAUCAAAACACCGAAUAAAAUAUUUUUAACAGUGCCACGUGAUAUAAAACGUCGAAAAACAUGGAUGAGAAUGGCUAGACGUGAUGAUGUGACGAAUCCACCAACAAGUUGUUUGUUCUGCUGUGAAGAUCAUUUUAACUUACAGGAAGACAUAGACAAUUAUUGUAGAUUUAAAAUAAUGGGAGGACGAAUUCAAUUGAAAAAAGACACGGUUCCACAUAUUUUUGAUUGUCAGGAUAGACAGAAUACAAGUGAUAAAGCUGAUAUGAAACCGGGAGCUGCAAAACGGAAAAGAAUACAAACUUUGCAGGAUAUGGAAAAGGAAGUAUCAGAGAAAACAAUGGCUAAUGAAAUAGAUGCAGGAUGUUCUAUACAAACAGUGAUGGAUGCUACUGAUGAUGCUUUAAUACAAGAAAGUAUGGAUAUUGAUGAGAGGGAUAAUUUCGAAAUACGAUUUAAAGAUGUUGGUAUACAAGCAAAGCCACGUUUCAGAAGUAAAGCUAUUCUUUGCAAACCUAUAAGUAAAGACAUGGCCUGUUCUCCUAUUAAACAAAAUAUAAAUGCAGAAAAAAGUGGUAUUGAUAAAUCCAGCAGUAAUAUUACUGAUGAUACUAUCGAUAAUAUUACAUCGAUAAGUGAGGAUACUUUGAAGAGUACCGAUGAAUAUUUUCCUUCGAAAGAAUACACGAGUGAAGAAUUAAAAACGCACAAAACAGAAUCAGACAAUAUUACGAGAGAGUUGAAGCUUUCCAUUAUAAAAAAAAACCUAAAAUGUAUAUAGGUAUUCCAGAGCAGUUUUUAUAUGUCAUAGAUCUUU